GGCUGCUGAGAUCAAAAGUCGAGUACGAAAUAAAAGGCGCACUGACACUCACAAAGGGGUUUGUGGCUGUUUCUGGGUGCGAGGGUUCAGUGUGGCGAGCUCGUCAGGAAGCCGACCGCGCAUCCCCUUCGGCAGGCUCACGCAAACAGAGUGCAAGGUCGAUUCUGUCGCGUGCUUUUCCACCAGCAGGUCCUAUUCUACGCUCGUAUCAGACACGCAGCCUGAUAUAUAUGCGCUCUUUAUUGAUUUUUGACUGAUUGUUUUUUCUGUCAUUCGUAUAUCUUGUGCGAGAAGCAGACCAGCAAGUCAUCAAGACUGUCACAGUACAGUAUUCAACUCAAGCCAUCGCGACGCGUGCACGGUCUAGUGGUUUCGGGAGCAAUGGUUGCAAACGGGACGGCAAUUACAGCAACAACACCCGCAGGCGCGGAGCCAACCAGCAAUCUGACUGCGACCGGCCAGACUAUGUCUGCGGUGGAGGUUGCUCUGGCCGCAAUUACGGCUGCCGACGCUGUUCCGGAUCCUGAUGUACAGCUGAAGCUCAAGCAGAUCAGAAAUAUGUGGCAGUUCAGCGCACUCGUUCAAUGGUUGCUCAUGUUUAAGAGCUCAAUCAAGAUGGAGGAUGAUGAGAUUACGAUUGAGGACCUCGAAAAGGAGUUUCUUGGAUUGAGACCGCUGAUUCUACUCCCAAAAAUACGACUAAAUCUUCUUCAGAGUCUUUCGAGCCAACGUGGAUUAAGGCUCGAUCAAUUUGAUGAUUACACGCGUCGACAAUACCGCCAGAAGGCUCCCCAUCUCGAGCACCCGUUCGGAGAAGACGAACUUCCAAAGUCUUUUGAAAAGCUCAGUGUCUUUGAUCAAGUGCUGGUGAUCCACCAAUUGUGUGAAUGGCAGACGUUUCUGCCGGAGAGGUUCCGCGAGCGCAUGGGAUUUUUGAAGGAGUCUGAAGAAGUGACAUGGCGCGUUGAUCCAAUCGGAACCGAUUCAUAUGAUAAUGCAUACUACCUCCUCGAUGACAAUAGACUAUACGUUCGAACAUACACCCCAAUCGUUCGAACCCCAAAGAAAGCUGCGAAAGUGUCGACCCCGGCAAAGUCAAAGCGCAAGAGACGUCGAGCUGUCACAGGAUGGCCUUCGGCGCGUCGAUCGAAGCGGAGGCGGACUGCCACGCCCACCCCGAAAUCAGAUGAAGAAGGGGAGGAAGUCGACGGUGGUGAGGCUGAGAUUGAGAUUGAGGCGGAAGAAGGUGCUGCUGAAAACGGUGUCGAUGGCGACGAGGCAGCAAAGGCGGAGGACGAAGAGCAGUCAAAGGAAGAGCGUGAUUACUCUGAGCUGGCGGAAUUUUCUCGCGAUGGCGAGGAAUACACGUGGAAAUGCGUCUGUGCGGUGUAUACCGAAUGGAAAGACUUUCUCGCCGACCUGGGAAAGAAGUGUCGGGACAAGUCGAAGGUGGCCGAACGCGAGCUGUAUAAUCUCCUUAAGUCAAAGGUGAUGCCUGUUAUCCAGUCAAUUGAGGAUGAAAGAAUCCAGGAGGAAGAGGCCAAGCUCAAAGAGAUUGAGAAGCUUCGGAUUUACGAAAAUAGAAAGCGAUCUGGGCGUGGAGACGCCAUUGCUCAGAAGCGCAAGGAGGAAGAAGAGCGACGGCUAGAGCUUGAGCGGCAGGAGCAAGAGAAGGCUCAGAGGAAGCUAGAGAGAAAGAUGCGGGCACAGAGAGAGAAGGAACGCGAGGAGCGCUUGAAGAUUAGAGAGGUUAAACUGGUGGAAGCGCAAAAGAAAAAAGAGGCCCAGUUGGCUGCGAAGCAAGCGGCGGCAGAGGCGAAGGCAGCAGCUCUGGGAAAGACCCCGCCACCAAAGCAGGCGACUCCUGUUUCGAAUCACGCGGCACCGUCAACUUUGGUUAUCAGUGCAGCGAAUUCGCCGGCUAGGAGCGAUCGCCACAGCUCGGUCGAUAGCCCACGGGAACCAACGCGGCGGUCGACUAGACGCGCGCAUCAGCAGAGUCAAGAGCCGCAAUCAGCGCCAACGAUGGCGACUACGACAGCACCGUCGUCGUCCGGUGGUGGUGCUGAUCACUGGUAUUUUGAUUGCUACUGCGGAGUGUUUGGUGAUAACUACGAUGAUGGCGAGUUAUCGGUCUGCUGCGGGAAAUGCGAUAUCUGGAUGCAUGUCAGUCAUCUCUCGCCUGAAGAGACGCGAAGGUUUGAGGAGACUGUGAGGGCAAAGGAGGAGAGCGGAUCAGAAGCUGCGGAGGAGGUCAAAGAUGAGCAAGACGCAGAGAAAGUCAGCGCCGAAGGCGAUGAAGUCGUAGCAAAGACUGAAGCGGAGUCAGCGCCGCCUAAAGACGAAAAGGAAAAGGAGGAAGCGAGCGAGGAGGCAGAGUUUGUGUGCAAUCGGUGCGUGCGACUGGAGAAGGAGAGGCUGCUGGAACUUGAGCUUGAGCGGAAGCGUGAGCUUGAUCGCACGCGUCGUCGUGAGCGUGAACGCAAGCGCGAGGCUGAGCGGAAGAGGUUGGCUGCGGAAGCGAAAGCAAAGGCGCUGCAGGAGCAGCAGCAACAACAACUACGGCAACAGCAGCAGCAGCAGCAGCAGCAGCAGGCGCUCGUGAACGGAACUACGAGUCUUCCUGUGCAGACGGGGAUCGGCAACGUCCACGCGGUCAAACAAGAGGCCGGAUUAGGUGUGCACACAACGUUGCAGGCUUCGGUUCCCCCGGUCACCUCCAGCGCCGCUGCUAUGGCUACUCCUACGAAUAAUGGGAUGCAAGCUACUCCGGUGUAUGCUACUCCAGGUCCUACGGCGCCGGUGAUGCCGCAGAGUGGACCGGGAGCUACUGCGCUGCCGCCGCUGAGCUCGUUGACACAAGGUGAUAAUAGAGGGGUAAUGCUGCCGCCGCUGGUCGCGGGAGAGGACCGGUUGCCGGGGUUCCCGGUGAAUCAGGUAGAAGGCAUGGCGUUGCCCAGGCCGGUGAAUGUGGUUACGGAGCAGCUGCCACCACCACAACCUCAACCUCAACCUCAGCAACAACCGCAGCAGCAGCAGCAAAAGCCAGUAGAAGGCGGACAUACAGGGUUAGAUAUCUUGGCUGAUGUGAUGUUUGCGAGAUGAGAGCAUGAAGUUAAUGAAUGACCGAUUUGUUUGUAUUUUAAUAAUCAUUUUUUGAUAGAGAAUGUGACGAAAUGAAUGCGAGAGGUAUAAUAAACAGAACAGCAG